GGACGCUACCAAGUAGAAGUGGGUAGGGAAAGUGCGUUGCGUUGAAUUAGGAUGUUACCUUCCAACUGCAAGCCGGUUGUUCGGCAUCCUUCGGGGAAUCGUACCUUCCAAAUGGAUGAGAGAUAGAGCGAAUAAUCUCAUCAACCUAGUUCACUCGAGGCCUAAACAUAUCUGGCCAUGGGUGACACAGAGCUGGAGCUUUCCCCUUCCCACUUGGAGGAGCUGCAGAAGAGUCCAUCAGCCUCAUCCACCUCCACUACCUCGUCUCUUUCCCUGCCCUCCUCACCAUCCUCUGGCCCACGGCCUCUGAGCAGUUCCAGCCCCAGUGCCAGCGAAGGCCUACCUGCUUCUAGCCCUCCUCUGGAUGUAAUUUCAGAGGGUGCAGGUGAACUGAGUCUGGUUAUUGAUACUGAGGUAGCCAAGAAAGCCUGCCAGGAGGUGCUACAGAAGGUGAAAUUCUUUAAAAGUGAUGGAGAUACAACUUUGUCCUCUGAAGAGCCACACCUGGUGAAUGGAACCGAACACACCAAGCCCUUAAACGGGGAUGGUACAGGAUCAGGCAAGCCUCCGAGGAUCACUGAAGAGGAGGAGGUGCCAGCAGCGGGCACAGGGAAGAGUGUGCGUCGGCGUCACAAGAACAACUCAUCCAAACAGUCAUGGCUCCUGCGUCUGUUUGAAUCCAAGCUGUUUGACAUUUCCAUGGCCAUCUCGUACCUAUACAACUCAAAGGAGCCUGGUGUGCAGGCUUACAUUGGAAAUCGCCUCUUCAGUUUCCGAGAUGAGGAUGUGGACUUCUAUCUGCCACAGCUGCUCAACAUGUACAUCCACAUGGAUGAGGACGUGGGUGAUGCCAUUAAGCCGUAUGUUGUGCAUCGCUGCCGCCAGAGCAUUGGCUUCUCACUGCAGUGCGCCUGGCUGCUUGGCGCUUAUUCAUCUGAUAUGCACAUUUCCACGCAGAGGCACUCGCGCGGCACCAAACUGCGUAGACUCAUCCUGUCUGACGAGCUGAAGCCAACUGGUCAGCGCGCUCGCCUCCACCAGCAGCAGCAGAACCACAUCCUCGGCCCAAACAUAAGCGAGCAUGGCCUCUCGCCCUCGAAGCGUACUCAUCAGCGCUCCAAAUCAGAUGCCACCGCCAGCAUCAGCCUCAGCAGCAACCUCAAAAGGACAGCCAGCAACCCGAAAGUGGAAAGCAGUCCAGAUGAGGACAUGAGCUCCAGCUCCGACAGUCUUGAGUUAGAGGCUGGUACCCCUGUACGUCUGACUCCUCAGCGUGAGUUCAUUAAGUCUUUGAUGGGCAUUGGGAAAAGACUGGCCACUCUACCUACCAAGGAGCAGAAGACACAGAGACUCAUCUCUGAGCUCUCAUUGCUUAACCACAAGCUGCCAGCACGUGUGUGGCUGCCCACUGCAGCAUUUGACCACCACGUGGUGCGAGUUCCUCACACACAAGCUGUUGUGCUGAACUCAAAAGACAAGGCACCAUACCUAAUCUAUGUGGAAGUUCUGGAGUGUGAAAACUUUGAGACAUCGAGCGUACCAGUGAGGAUUCCAGAAACACGAAUCCGCAGCACACGAUCAGUGGAGAAUCUCCCAGAUUGUGGUAUCACGGCCGAGCAGCGUGCCAGUAGCUUCUCUACUGUUCCCAACUAUGAUAACGAUGAUGAGGCCUGGUCUGUGGAUGAUAUUGGAGAGCUCCAGGUCGAGCUGCCGGAGAUCCACACUAACAGCUGUGACAACAUCUCCCAGUUUUCAGUUGAUAGCAUCACCAGCCAGGAAAGCAAAGAGCCCAUUUUUAUUGCUGCUGGAGAUAUCAGGCGGCGCCUUUCUGAACAGCUAGCCCACACACCUACCACAUUUAAGAAAGACCCAGAAGAUCCCUCAGCAGUAGCCUUAAAAGAGCCCUGGCAGGAGAAGGUUAGACGAAUCCGGGAGGGCUCUCCAUAUGGGCAUCUGCCUAAUUGGCGUCUCCUCUCAGUCAUAGUGAAAUGUGGUGAUGAUCUAAGACAGGAGCUCCUUGCUUUUCAAGUGUUGAAGCAACUACAGGCAAUCUGGGAGCAGGAGCGUGUUCCUCUGUGGAUUAAGCCCUAUAAGAUCCUGGUCAUCUCCUCCGAUAGUGGGAUGAUUGAGCCAGUGGUGAAUGCCGUGUCUAUUCAUCAAGUGAAGAAGCAGAGUCAGCUCUCGCUGCUCGAUUACUUCCUGCAAGAGCAUGGCAACUACACUACAGAGGCCUUCCUCACUGCACAGCGCAACUUUGUGCAGAGUUGUGCUGGCUACUGUCUCAUCUGCUACCUUCUGCAGGUUAAGGACAGGCACAACGGAAACAUUCUGCUUGACUCUGAGGGUCAUAUUAUUCACAUUGACUUUGGCUUCAUUUUGUCAAGCUCUCCAAGAAACCUCGGCUUUGAGACUUCUGCCUUCAAACUGACCAACGAGUUUGUAGAUGUCAUGGGUGGUCAGGAUGGAGAUAUGUUCAACUAUUACAAGAUGCUCAUGCUUCAGGGUCUCAUUGCUGCCCGCAAACACAUGGAGAAAGUUAUCCAGAUAGUGGAGAUCAUGCAACAAGGUUCCCAGCUACCCUGCUUUCAUGGCUCCAGCACCAUCCGUAACCUGAAGGAGCGAUUUCACAUGAGCCUGACAGAGGAGCAGCUGCAGGUGUUGGUGGAGCAGAUGGUAGAUGGCUCCAUGCGCUCCAUCACCACAAAGUUGUACGACGGCUUCCAGUACCUCACCAAUGGCAUCAUGUGAAUGUGGUGUGAGAGCAGACUCGAACAUUAUGACUAGGGAAAAGCUGCACCGCUUUCAGAAGCCACUACCAUGCCCUUUUGCAACCUUUCUGUUUUCAACAUCCUAGCGUGUUUGUACAACAAGACUGAGUUUUUGAUGGAUUUUAUACCCUCUAAAGAGGUCUCAGCUGUGAAAUUUCGCAUAGUCUUUUUUCCUUAAGGCCUUCCCUCAGUUUCAACGCUUAUUCCUUUCCUCAAAACGUAUUGUUUCUCUUGGAAUCUGGGAUAUCUUUUUUGGAAUAUGCUUUUAUCCACUAUCCUAGUGCCUCCAUUGACUGCUCAGACUCCAACGGCUUUUGUGUUUCAUAAAUGUGCUGUGUAUCUACCGUCUAAGAUUCGAAUUGUUCAUGUUUUCAUGUGAACAACCUACAGCUUUCACGCCUACACAUAAUGCAAUCCCUGCUGAGACAACUCAACAGUGCACAGAGUCCUGUGUUGAGUAAUGCACAUUGUGUAAAAGGGAAAGAGGUAUAAACAGCACAUAUUCAUCGGUGGGUUUCGUCUGAUCAGUGUUAUUUUAGAUGCAGUUUGAGAGAAGCAAACACUUCUUUCAAGUCCAGAUGUAAAAUGUUAAGCUAGCUGAUGCUGGUUGAGAGACUCUUCAAAAUUGGCCUCUCAAAGAGGCACAAACUCUUUUAUUAAAGCCUUUAAUUUGGCUUUAUUUGACACUUAAUACAUACCUGCUGUCAAACUUGCCAAGUCCCAGAUAGCCACCUUCAUACUUUCAGCUUCACAGAGGGGAAACCCCUCCACACUGAUGCAAUAAAACCUUUGACAUUUUGACUUAAAGAGAAGAGAUUAACUAAAAGUCACAUUCUAACCAUUGUAAGUAUUAAAGAGUGACAUGACAGAGCAAGAGUCAAAACACUAUUUAUUGCUUAUUUACAGUUACUUGCAUUCUCAUGUACAACAAGGAUGGCUGUUUUUUGUUUGUUUGUUCAUUUCAGUUUCUUUUUUCUUUUUUUGAGUGAAAAUUUAUGAUUCCUUAGUGUGUACAAAUGUACAUAAUAUAAAUUUUAAAGUUCAAAAUGUACAUGGACUUUUUUCUUAUCAGAAUAAUGGGGAGCUGUGCUGAAAUAGCUUGGCUACUGAGUAGCUGAGUUACUGGACAGGAAAGGUUCAUGAGAUGGCACUAAUGUGAGUGAGACUGAAACUUGUGUAAACUGAUCAGGUAAUAAGAAAAACAAAAACCUGCAAAUAAAUGAAAGAACCUGGUGCAUUAUUAAUGCUUAGUUUUACAUUAUUAAAUGCCACUACAUGCACACAUUUAAAAGACGAUUAUUAAUAUUAUUAUUAUUAUUUUAGAGACAUGACCUGAGCGUUCCAUUAACAAGACCUGUUCCUUCUAUCUGUAGAAAACGUUUUAAUUCACCUUACCUUUUUUAUUUUUAGCGCAAGCCUCGCUCUUGUGAAUUAUUCAAACAUAUUUGACUUUAGGAGUCUAUUCAUCUGUCUUCACAUUUUAAAAACUCUGUUUUUGUGUUUGUUUUGUUUUUUUGCUUUCUUUGUAACAUGUUUGACGGACCAUCUCUCACAAUCAUGUGAAUGAACUCCCCUAACUUGUGAAUGUUUCUUUGUAUAAUAAAUUAAAUGUAUCGGUUUCA